AUGGGGGAAAGUUUUUGGGUGACCGGAUUUUGUGUUUUGGGAACCAAAGGUUCCAUGGUUUGGGAGAGGUCAUUUGAAAAUGAAAAUUUGCUAAGAAAUGUAACUUGUUUCUUUGGCCUCCAGGUUGUUGUUGCUACAAUUGCUUUUGGGAUGGGUAUCGAUAAAUUAAAUGUCCGAAGGAUCAUUCAUUAUGGUUGGCCACAGAGUUUGGAAGCAUAUUAUCAAGAAGCAGGCCGAGCUGGUCGGGAUGGAAAAUUAGCAGAUUGCGCAGUUCUGUAUGCAAACCUUUCCCGAAUACCAACACUUUUGCCAAGUCAAAGAAGUGAAGAACAGAAAAAACAAGCAAAUAAGAUGUUAUUUGAUUGCUUCAGAUAUGGAAUGAACACAUCUGAUUGUCGAUCCAAAACACUCGUGGAAUACUUUGGGGAGGAGUUCAGCUAUGAGAAAUGCCUCUUAUGUGAUGUCUGUAUUGGUGGACCCCCAGAAAUGCAGAAUUUGAAGGCUGAGGCAGAGAUUUUCAUGCUGGUUAUUGCUGGUCAUCAUGUGAGUACCAUUGGCAUCUUCUCAAUGCAAACAAACAAAAAGAAGAAAAGGCCCACAGCUAAAAAGAAUCAGCAAGCAAUGUUAGCAACCUGUAGUGCAGCCAAUCCAACCAAGAAAAAAACAAGAAACCAGCAACCCAGAAAGGAAGGAAUCAGCAAAAUAGCAAAGCAGCAGCCCAACAAACCAAGAAAAACAACAUCUCAGGCUCUCAGCAGUCCCGAAGAUGAACUCGACACCACAGUAGCAAUGAAAAACAGAGCCGACAUAGAGAAAUUCGCAAAUAAUCGGCACAAACCAGUUCAAUGUGCUUCAAAUCCUUCAAUCAAACACCAUUAG